UUUCCCAUCUUUACGCUAAAUUUGCGGCUAACCUAUGCUUGAUUGAAGGAAAAUGAUGUUGAUGCUGAGAAAGAUAUGAAAAUAGAGGGAGAAACAAGUAGGGAGAGAGAGAGAAGAAGAAGAAGAAAGAUUCAAACAAAAUCUUCUUUCUUUUUCCUCUUCUUUUUCAUGUCUUGGGCUUUUCUUUUCUCUCAAAUUUAAUGUAUUUUAUCCGUUGUAAUGGGAAUAGCCAUAAAUUUUUUUAUAUUGAACACAGUUCAUAUGUAAUUUGUAAGAUAGAUCCUACCAUACAGCGAUUCAGAAAGGUUUUUGAUUUCUCAUUAUAUAAGUUGGAGAAGGCCUUGCUUUUUGUUGCAGAAAACAGUUAGCUGCUCAAAUCAAUUAUGGCACCAAGCAAAAUUAGAAGAGCUCUUGGUGCAGUGAAAGACCAAACUAGCAUUGGCUUGGCAAAAGUUGGCAACAGUGCUUCAUUAUCAGACCUAGAUGUUGCCAUUGUAAAAGCAACAAGGCAUGAAGAACAUCCAGCAGAGGAAAGGCACAUUAGAGAAAUCCUGUGCUUAACAUCAUAUUCACGAGUUUAUAUAAGUGCAUGUGUAAAUACCUUAUCAAGGCGAUUGAACAAGACCAAGAACUGGAUAGUGGCUUUGAAAACACUCGUACUGAUUCAAAGACUGUUGACAGACGGUGAUCCAGCAUAUGAACAAGAGAUUUUCUUCGCAACAAGGCGUGGGACUCGGCUGCUGAACAUGUCUGAUUUUUGCGAUGGUUCAAAGUCCAAUUCGUGGGACUACUCGGCAUUUGUUCGUACUUAUGCGUUAUAUCUUGAUGAAAGGCUUGAGUUCAGGAUGCAAGGACGUCGAGGGAAGCGAAGUGCAUUUGGAAUUGAAGAAGAUGAAGAAGCGGCUGCUGAAAAAGCAUCACGUGUGAGAUCCACACCUGUUCGUGAGAUGAAGAUUGAGAGUAUAUUUUCUAGGAUUCACCAUUUGCAACAGCUUCUUGAGCGCUUUUUGGCUUGCCGUCCCACAGGUACAGCAAAAUAUCAUAGAGUUAUAAUGGUUGCUCUUUAUGCUAUAAUCAAAGAAAGUUUCCAAUUAUAUUACGAUAUAACGGAAAUUUUGGGUAUUUUAAUUGAUCGUUUCAUGGAGCUAGAAAUUGUCGACUCUAUCAAAGUUUAUGAUAUAUUUUCUCGUACCUCAAAGCAAUUUGAUGAACUUGACAAUUUUUAUGGAUGGAGUAAGACUGUUGGCAUUGGACGCUGCUCAGAGUACCCUGAAGUUGAGAAAAUUACACGGAAAAAGCUUGACCUCAUGGAUGAGUUUGUGCGAGAUAAGUCUGCAUUAGCACAAACCAGACAAGUUUUAGUUUAUGAACAAAAGAGUGAAAUUGAAGAAGAAUAUAAAGAACCUAUACGAGAAAAUGAAGAUGACAUGAAUGCAAUGAAAGCACUACCGCCACCAGAGAGUUGCACUCAAGAGGUCAUAACAGAAGUAGUUGAAGAAGAAGCAAAGAAAGAUGAUAAGCAAGAAAAGAAUAUAGAAGAGGUUGAUUUAUUGAACUUAGGUGGAGAAGAUGCAGUGUCUAUGGAGGAAUAUGGAAACCAAUUAGCUCUAGCUUUAUUUGAUGGUUGCCCACAACCGCAGGCUACAACUGAUACAACAUGGGAUGGUUUUUAUGAUAAUACAACAGAUUGGGAGACAGCUCUGGUUCAAUCAGCAAGUAAGCUAUCUAAUCAGCAGAAAACUCUUGCUGGUGGUUUUGAUAUGAUGUUGCUUGAUGGAAUGUAUCAACAAGGGGCAGCAAAUGCAACAAUGUCGAGUGUAGGUUAUGCAGCUACUGGGAGUGCAAGUAGUGUUGCCCUUGGUUCAACUGGAAGGCCUGAAAUGUUAACAUUGCCAGCUCCAUCAACAACAGAAGCUAAUAAUACAAUUACAUUACAUAAUACAGACCCUUUUGCAGCUUCAUUAACUGUUGCUCCACCACCAUAUGUGCAAAUGUCAGAAUUGGAGAAGAAGCAAAAGUUAUUGGUGGAGGAGCAACUAAUGUGGCAGCAAUAUGCAAGGGAUGGGAUGCAAGGACAACUUGGCCUAACAAAGCUACAACCAAAUUCUUACAAUAUGGGAGAUUAUACAAGUAGAUAUUGAUGGUGCAGUUAUAGGGGGGUUCAUUUGCUUUAGUCAAUUCCUUUUAUUACUGAGGUGACUUUUGUAAUUAAAAGAUUUCAAAAUUUAAUUAGUUAAAUGUUCUACAAUA